AUGAGCACACCAUCCACAUCCACACCUUCGUCUUCCUCAUCGUCAUCAGUACCUCCAGAACAAUUCAAAGCCAUCGUCCGCCAGGAAGAAGACCGUCUACGAAAGAUGCACCCCACACCUGAGGAUAUCCCAGGUUGCAUGACCGUCUUUGACGAUUUCUUGAAGUGCAACCUCCUCGGCAACCAAUUCCGCUCCCUCUGGCGCUACGGCCAAUCCGCAAACUGCACCACCAAACUCCAAGACUUCAAAUUCUGCAUGUCGAUAGCGCGGCUAGAGCCGGAUGAGAAAAGGGAGGUGUGGAUACAGAGGAGGGCGGAGUGGUGGGCGAGACGGAGGACGGGGGUGAGUAGUGAGAAUGUGUGGGAGGCUAGGGGGGAGCCUAUAAAGGAUUAUCCACCGCCGAUGGACGCAGAAACACUGGAGGCUUUACGAGUCGGAUCGAUACAGUCGGCAACUAUUGAGUGAUCUGGUUCUUCGAGUCUCUGGUGAGGUCAUUUCUUAGUGAGUUGGGCUUCUGCGUCGUUUCGUUCAUGGAUUGUGGGCCACAUGCUUUCGUAGAAUAAUAUACUGUAAAUCGAUUUAAAUGCAUUGCUAUCAAC